GAGAUGCAAACACACACAGACAACAGAAUGUUACAGUCAGACCUGAAGAGCACAUUCAAGAGCUGAAACAGAAUGAGAACUAGUGAGAGAGAUACACGAGCAAAGAGAGGGAGCCUGCAGCAGAGGAGGAGGUGGGUGACGUUGCACCAUGACAAGCCAGUUCCGGUUGCCACAGUAACACCUGUUUGAAGGACCAUCACAACAAGCCUCUUCAAAUGUGAAUAGAAGGCGCCAAUGCUGAGGAGUCUCUGCCGUUGCAGUUGCCACUGAAGGAGAGGAGACUAGGCAAGCCUGGGUGAAUGUUGGCCGGGUUAAGAGCCGCGGCAGGAUGGCGUCCACGGGCACGCAGAUCUUCGCCUUCGUGCUGGCGCUGCUAGGCAUCCUGGGUGCCACGGUGGCCACGUUACUGCCCAACUGGAAGGUGAGCGCGGAUGUUGGCUCCAACAUCAUUACUGCCAUCUCUCAAAUGCAAGGGCUGUGGAUGGACUGCACCUGGUACAGCACGGGCAUGUUCAGCUGUACGUUGAAAUACUCUGUGCUGGCGCUGCCCGCGUACCUGCAGACGGCACGCACCACUAUGGUGCUUUCCUGUGUGUUGGCGGCGCUGGGAUUGUGUUUGGCCUCUUUGGGUCUGAAGUGCACUCGCUGGGGUGGGGGACGGCGUGCUAAACGCCACGCCGCCGUGGCGGCCGGCUCCUGCUUUGUGGCCUCCGGCUUCCUCUGCCUUGUGCCUGCCUCCUGGUACACAAACGAGGUCAUCGUCAGCUUCCUCGACGCUAAUGUGCCCGAGAGUAACAAGUUUGAGCCGGGCGGUGCCGUCUACGUAGCCUUCAUCUCGUCUGGUUUCCUCUUCGUGGGUGGAUCAAUUUUCUGUCUCUCUUGCUCGGGUAAGCGGCAUGGCCCCCAGGAUUUGAUACUGCUCCCUCCAGACAAACUCCUCUUGCAGCAGCAACAGCAACUGCUGCAACAACAGCAACAACAGGACCAGCUCCAGCACCAGUACUGCUCUCUCUCACCUCUGGAUAACAAGACUGGCUACAGCCUGCAGGACUACGUAUAACGGGGAAACCAGUGGAGGAGCUGGACACGUGCUAUGCACUGCCACUCAACCCCUCUGGCUCUCGCGAUUACGAGACGACAGGGCGAGAAGGAUGACUUUGAAGCCUUUCCCACCAACUAUCCCUCUCUCCCCCUUUAGAGAUCAUCAAGCACAAGCGGUGGAGGCAUUCCCCCAAGCGACGUCUUGGAACAGACGGAUUGUGAAUUGUGAAGGGCGAGUGGGAGCAACACUGCAGUGUGCAAGGCGAUAAAUAAAUGCACAUAUCCAGCAUCUUCGUAAAUCUUAUUAAAGUGUUCCUCUGGGAACGGAUUAGUAACAAGGGAAUGUUUCUGCUACUUAAACCCCCUGCCCCCCACCCUCUUUCCCAGAGAUUGAACUUGGAAGCAAUCGCUUGGUAACCUCUGUUCAAAGUAAGAUGGCAAUAUGUCUCUGAGAGGCAAUAGUAUGGGAGAAUUGUUUGGGAGAUUUCUUUUUCUACUUGAGUAAUGGUUGCGUUAAUGAAGUUUCUCGUCUUAUUUUGGUAGCUGUUAGGAUGAUUGAUAUUCUGCUUAAGCAUGCUUUCUGGAGCCUGUGCAUAAUGCAGUGGAAUGCCUGAUGUAGACUGAAUUGUAGCCAUAUAGCCUGUGCCUAAAGAGCUGUCAUAUAUAAACCGCUGAAACUGUUUGGAGGAGAGAGUAUAUAGGGGUUGCUGGGUCAGGCAUGUACGGGAAAUCCAUAUAGAGGCUGCGAGUGGACGGUGUGGCAUUGUGCUGUUCAAUACUUCAAUGUAUGUUGCCCCAGACAAAAACAAGCUGCCUUCAGCUCAGUGCAUGCUCUUCGUCGCUCACACACACUUACUGCUGCAUGUGUGCUUUUCACUCAUGCUGCUACUCACUGCCAUGGAAACGGUAUUCUACACCCAAAUACGUGUAUUGUCUAGAGGGAGGGGAGAACGGUGGUCGUCUCUAUAUUGGGCUGCUCACAAUGUGCUGGAGGCUGUCAUGAAUCACUCCAGCCCACAGCAGGGGUUGGUGUCUAGAGACAGCCCUCUUCAACACUCUUUCUCAGAUGAGAGGGUCCUUGCCCUGCUGACCAACUCCGAUAUUUAGGACAUAAUCAGUAGAAAGUGUACAUAGAGCAGUUUUGUUUUUAGAGACACAGAGAUACAGUACAUACAGUAGACUUAAAACAAAAAUGAAAAACAAAUUCUGUUUCAGUAACUGGCAGCAUUUUCAUGGCAGCGAGAGUGGCACCUGAUGAGACUGCAAUAUGGCAAUGCCACUCUCACAGGAAGUACUCGCAGACCUUUGCCAAGUGAUAUUUCCUUUUCUCCAAAUUUGCAAAAGCAGCCACACGUUUGUCACCAAAUGCGUCAGCAGUGUAUCUGCUGACAUACUGUCACCUCUACAAGAGGCUGACAUGAUACAAGUUCUCUUGAAAGAAUAUUCAGUUUUGGGUUUUUUUGUUUGUUUUUUUUAAUUUAAAAGGAAUAGUUCACCCAAAAAUAAAAAUAAAAUUUUUACUCACCCUCAUGUCUUCGAAACCAAUAUGACUUUCUUUCUUCUGUGAGGUGCAAAAGUAGAUGCUUAUAGGAAAUGGGUCAGCAACUUUCGGCACAAGUGCCACCAAUUGGACGAUUUCACUUUGCGUUGAUUGCGCUGCAUGGUUGAGCGGAUGACAGUCUACAUUUUCUUUUUUUUCUUUCAGAACAACAUUUGAUGUAAAAGAAGAGACACGCAACCCAGCAUACACAGUCCUUUAAAGGCAAUGACGGUGGGGUUCAAAAGUUUAGCUCAAUCAGCAUAAUUUUGUGGCAUAAUAUUGAUUCCUACAAAAAUUAAUUUUGACUUGCCCCUCCUUUUCUUUAAACAAAAAGAAAAUCUGGGUUCCAGUGAGGCAUUUACAAUGGAAAUAAAUGGGAGCCAAUUGUUGAACAUUAAAAUAUCCACUUUUUCAAUAGUAUUGCCACAAGACAAACAAUAUGCAUGUAAACCUGAUUUUAGUGUGAUAACAUCACUUACUAACCUUUUCUGUGUAAAGUUAAAGCCAAUUUUACAACUUUGUUGCCUUGAUGAUAUAAUGUCAACAAACCCUAAAAUGACUGUAAAAAUGAAAAUGUACACAACUUUACAGUUCAAAUAAUGCAUGAGUUUUAACAGUAGAAUUAAUGUAAGUGCUUUUAUAAAAUAUGCUUCAAAUUUCUACCUUUAAACUCCAAAAUUUGGCCACAUACACUUCCAUUAUACAUGCCUCACUGUAACCUCGAUUUUGUAUUUUUUUUAAAGGAGGGACAUGUCGAAAUUAAUAUUUGUGCUAACACAAUAAUGCCACAAAUGCUGGCAAUUGAGUUACACUUGUAUUGAACCCGGAAUAUUCCUUUAAAGUCAAAGUCACAAUUUUAUAAAAGCACUUUAAAAAAAAACUUGAAUUAUUUAAGCAGUAAAGUUGUUUAAAUCGUUGUUUUUACAGUCGUUUUAGGGUUUACGGCAUUAUAUCAUCAUGGCAACAAAUUUGUAAAAUUGGAUAUUACACAGAAAAGGUUAGUAAGUGAUUUUAUCACACUGAAAUCAUGUUUACAAGCAUAUUGUUUACGCCCCAUUCAUUGACCAUUGUAAGUGCCUCGUUGUAACCCAGUUUUGUGCGACUUCGUCAUGGUCAACAUUAUGCCACAAAUGCUGUCGACUGAGCUUAACUUGUAUUGAAUCUGGAAUUUUCCUUGUAAAAUCAUUACGAUUUUCAAGAGAUUGCUUAAUUUUGUAUCGUCAGCCAAAUCAUUACGUUAAUCACAUGAAUAUUCGAUAUUGCCUAGCUCUAUGCUGGGAUAACAGAUUAUCUGGUUUUGCACAAAUGUUUCACAGUGAGCACAGUGAUUAACAAGGAACAUUUUAAAUGACACGUCAUGUCAAAAAGGUUGCAGACCCCUGUUGUAGCAGAAUGUCAAAGCUCUUUUCCAUACAAUACCAGUAAAUGCUGAUAACAUCUGUCAAGCAAGAUUUUUAAGGUGCAAGUCAUCUGGACUGCUUUUAUGGUGCACUUUUGUCAUUACUGGCAAUUUUCAUUGCAUGGAAAAGAACAGCAUGGAUAUUCUGAUAAAUUUCCCCAUUGUUGUUCCACAAGUCAAAUAGGAGUGGAUUUGGAAAAGACUAUGAUUUAAUAAUGGAUAUUUAACAAAAUAUUUCAUUUUUUAGGUGAACUAUUACUCUAAUGUCUAUGGACAGCAUCUCUGGCAUGUUUGUAAAGUUGAACGGAAAACCUGUGCACAAUUAUGCACUUAAAAUGGCUUAUUUGCAGUGCUGCCUGCUUGACUUCCAAUUUUAUUACUGUAAAUGCAUUUCCCAUUCGUUUUUACAAACACUUCUGUGAUAAUUUACAGUGUGCCAGACGUGGUACUUUAUAAACUGAGGCACACAAAUUCUGCGGUAAAUGGACAGCAUACCACAGAUGGUGCCCAUAGAUAUUAAUAUUCCUUUCAAUGUGAGUGACUUCAUAGUCAAAUUGUCAUACAGCUCUCUGUGCAUGCUGUCCCUCUCUCCUUGAGCACUUAAGGACGCUGCCUCUGACAGCCAGAACAGUUGCAUGUCAUGUGCAAAUUUGCCAGUGCAUGUACACACAUACACCCCCACAUAAGCAUGUAGAAAUUAGCACCCAACUUGUGCCAAGAGUGGAGUAAGUGUGUGUUGGGCUUGGAUGCGGUCAUACAUUUCAACGCUGCUGAAGGGAGGAAUGCAAUUUUAGUGUUGUUCUGCUCUGGCAAAAAGAGCUUUGGCAGUGAUGGAUGGUACGCGCAUUCUUCCUCUCAAGCAGAUUCCCACAGGCGAGCAGAUGGCUGGGCCCAGCUCGCCCCCUGCCGGCAGCAGCGGGCAUGCCGAGUGGGCACGGCCAGGCAUUGUGCAGCCCCUCUUGGGCAGCUUACGCCCUCCUUAGCAGGCCCUGCCAGCUCCUAGACAAUAACGACUACCAAUGCGCCAUUACUGAAUGCAAUAACCACUCUCCUCCACCCCUCCAAAAGUAACCAUGCACUGAAAUGUUACAGUUGUGUAUGUGCCAAAUCCAUGACUACUUUUGCUAAUGUAUGUGCAGGUGUUGUUUGCCAACUGCAAAGUGAUCUUAAGGUUUUGAAAGGCAUCUGGUGCAAAAAGUUCCAAAGCACAAGGGUCAAGGGUUUGAAAGGGUCAAGAUGAUUUUAAUUUGUGCUUUGGGAUUAUAUAUUCAUCAAAGCUCUGCAAAACAGUAUACAGUGGCCCCAAAAAGUAUUUGGACACUUAAGCCACACUUAAAAAUGUGUGGUUGUCAUUGCACUGUAUAGCAAAAUUUCAAACAAAGUGGUAUUUAUUUUAAGCCUCCUAUUGUCUAUAAGGGUCAUUUUUGCCUCAGGACAGGUAAAGAAUAUUUUAUCAAAUCUGCAUAGUUUUGGUACUGGAACAAAACGUCACGACUUUGUCAAAACUAUCAAAACAAACAAAAUAAAAAAGAAAAUGUAUUUUUAUAAAUAAUUGUUUAAGAGAAAACGGGUCAAUUCUGACCCGUAUGUGAAGCAGCAGUUGUGAUCUUUCAACUUCGGACUUUCUGGAUGUUAUACAGCUUUAAGAAGUUUUUUGUGCAUCUAUGAAUCAAAUUUGACCUAAAAAUAUUUCAGAAUGUUCUUAAAUUUAGCCCCUAGCCCCAUACUGUUCUCUAGCUCCCCCACAUGCUACACUGGGUACUGCAUCUUUCCCAAAACUUUCUUCUAAAACUGGGUUUGUUCACACAUCCACACACACGUACGCACACACAGAGUAUUUUAUUAUUAUUAUUAUUAUUAUUAUUAUUCAGUUUCGAACAGGUAAUAUGUUAGUUAAUAAGUUUACUAACAUGAUUUUAGAUUAUAGGGUAUAAUGUGGCUGAAAGCCCCCCUGAUAGUUAAAGACCUAUUAGGUGGUAUUUUCUCCAAAAAAGUUUGAUUGGCAGAAAGAACUAUUACGGCACCUUCCCAAACCCCAGUAACAAACAAAUUAUUUUAAAUUAGUGGGAGGAAUGAAUUUGUUGCAAUGAACAUGCAAAUUUGGCCCAUUUUGACUGCUGAAAAAUGCAAUAGAGAUUCAUAUGUGAAACUGGCAUGUACUAAAAUUGUAACUCUAUAAUGUACAGUUUUUUGUUGUUUUUUUACAAGCAGAAUAAAUCAGAUUUUUUUGUAAUAUUGUUAAGAUAUUAUAAAAUGCCAAAAGUGAUGGAAAUAAACGUAAUUUGAAACAACCUUGGUCAAUGUUUGCCAAGUUUUUUUAACUUUAUUUUAUUAUGUUACUCCAUUAAUAUUCAAUAUAUAUAAUUUUUUCCUGCUAUCAUUAUACACUCACCACUGUUUAAUUGGGACCACAAUUAAACAGAUUUUCAUUAAGGGGGGACUUUAGUGCCAUUGUACACUAAUCAAGAAUUUAUGCAUUUUGAAUGGUUUUCAAUAUGGGUUAAAAAUGACCCAUAAAACAAAAGGAGGGUGCAGUUUCUAAAGACAAUAGGAGGGUUAAGAAAUACAGCACAAAUACAUUAUUAGCAAAACAUUUUGAAUACAUAAUUUAGUAGGUUUAAAAAAAAACAAUUGAUGUCCUGUUCAAACUGAAGACAAAUAGUUUUGGAAAUGUUCUGGUUGUGAAACAGAAGUAGUUAAACAUGUCCAUAGUUAAUGUAAUGAAAUGGUUACUUUGCUGAGACACCUGUGUGAACUUACGGUGAACUGACUUCAUGCAUGCUUAAUUACUUUGGGAAAAGUUUGUUAAAAAUCACUGCAAAAUGGCCCAGAAAAGUGCAGUUAAAGGGAUAGUUCACCCAGAAAUUUAAAAAUUUAAAAUCUCUCAUCAUUUACUGAUCUGUAGGUCCUCACAAUGCAAGUGAAAGGGUACCAACAUUUGAAGCUCUAAAAAGUUCAUAAAGCCAGCAUAAAAGUAAUCCAUACAACUCCAUUAGUUAAAUCUAUGUCUUCAGAAGUGAUAUGAUAGGUGUAGGUGAGAAACAGAUCAAUAUUUAAAUCCUUUUUUACUACUUUUUUAAUUCUCCACCUUUGACCUGCCCCAAACAGUAAGUGGCUGAAUGUGAAAGUAAAAUGUAGAUUGACAGUAAAAAAGGACUUAAAUAUUGAUCUGUUUUUCACCUACACCUAUCAUAUUGCUUCUGAAGACAUGGAUUUAACCACUGGAGUCUUAUGGAUUACUUUUAUGCGGCCUUUAUGUCCUUUUUUGGACCUUCUGAAUUCUGGUCACUUGCAUUGUGUGGAACUACAGAGCUGAAGUCAUACACAUCUGGGAUGGCAUGAGGGUGAGUAAAUGAUGAGAGAAUUUUCAUUUUUGGGUGAACUAUCCCUUUAAAUCUGAGAAAAUGCUAUUGCAGAUGCUACUUGGUUUGUAAUCGUAUAUCUAAUGAAAUGACAUUCAGAUAUUUUUUAAGGGUGAUGUAAGUUUCAUUACAUCCAUGUUGACUUUUUGGGGUCACCGUACGUUUUAUGCAUCUCAUUUAUUUACUGAUAGCACUGUUCAACACCCAAGCAUGUUCACAGCAAAUCUUCUUUAUAAGAAGACAAACAUUUACACCUUUAAUUGUGUAACCUCAUUUGAAAGCAAUUUAUUUUUUUCUUUGCUGUACAUGCUAAAAGAUACACUAAAUUGAAGAUUAUUAUUUGUAGAUAGUAUUACUGUGUCAAAGCGAUGUUUUGGUAAUUAUAAAGACAAACUAUUCAUAUAUUGUUAUGAUGCAGCUUGUUUAUUAGCACGCUAGAAAAAAUGUGUUUCAUAUGACCCAAACAAACUGGUUUUUGUUCGGCUCUGGACCCUAUUUAAUGAUUCCUUGGAUAAAUACAACUUAUUUUUGGUGGACGCUUCUGCACUUGUUAAUUUUGGAAAGAAUACUGUCCAAAUGUUUCUGUACUGCUGUCUCAGUGUGCUUGUGCAAGUAGUUAUAUUUUUUAUUAAUAAAAUUUGGUGGAAGCAGUA